AUGAACUCCCAUUCCUCAAAUUCACUUUCUCUGGAAGAAAAACCUGUGGCUGUCCUUUGGGGCUGUGAAUUGAACAACACAACCAGGAGAUGUGUGGUGAAAGAGGAGGAUGACUUAUUGGAACACCUUGUGUACCUGAGAACGGUUUCCCUGGGUGAAGAUGCAGAUGACUCGCCUCAUGUAGUUGCUGUGGAGUCCAAAAACAUGGCCAGCAUCCCCAAACCAGUGCCAAUUGCAACGCUGAGGCGCUCCGUCUUACCAAUGGUCAGUCUUGACAGUUUUGAAUUAACUCCUCCUGUUAGCUUUAUCUUAAAGUCUGGAAAUGGUCCAGUCUACCUCAAUGGACAGCACCUGAUCUUGGAAGAUGAUUCUGACUACGAACCCGACGAAGGUGCCAUUCCAGAGGACCAAGACACUGGAGAGAACAACUACAAUGACUACCAAGCGGCCAAUGAGGAGAUGCAAGCGGCCAAUACAGAGGUGCAAGCAGCCAAUACGGAUGUGCAAGAAGAAGAAGCAGCUAAUGAAAGAUGA